AUGGCGUUUUGGUCAAAGGCGAGUGCUCAGAAACCGUCCGUUUCUAUUGCGUCGGAUAGUGACUCGGAGUCUCAAUCGUUAGUUGCAACGCCCCCCCGGUCAUCGGAGUCGGGUUUGGGAACCCCGACUGCUUCGACGGAGACGACAGGAACUUACGGGUAUGGACUACCACCACAGCCCGCAAACCUUGCAUCCUUUUGCAAUAACGGUAGUUAUGCCGCGGCAAGUGGAACUAUUAUGCGGAGGCCAUCUAGUCGCUUGAUUACUUCCCCAAUGCGCAAUGGCUCCAUGUGCGGUAGAGGUGGCUCGCAGUGCGGAGGCUCAUAUAGACAAUUGCCCGUAACAGAGGUGGUAAGCGACACGAUGCGUGUAUUAUUCAUUGGUUGCCCACAGGUGGGGAAGUCGUCCCUUAUCAACUGUUACCGGGCAGCGGUAACAGGAAAUACAAUGUGGCCCGCGGCACCUGUGGGGAUAUGUGGAUACUGUGGUACUGCCAUUGUUGACCCGCUGCCCAAUCACCCAAGGGCACCGACGUUCUUAUGCAUUGACACUCCGGGUAAAUUUUAUGGGAAUGAAAAUCAGUUGCUUCUCAGCAAGCUAUUCGCUGGCAUCCCAUGGAAGACGAGGAUUGAAGGUGACGGCGCACUGACUGCAGAGGAACUCGAAAAACUUUCCCCAGUUCCUGAGAACAAACCACAUCAUUCUGUUCUGGUGGUACCCGCAACCGACUUGGUGGAGGACGGUGGGUGGGGAAGUGUUUUCCAGUUGAAGUCACGCUACUUUGCAGCACCGGCCGCGGGGGGUGUUGUUGAGUCCCUGAGGGACAUGAUCGGCUCUAUUCGUGCCCUCCAAGAUGAUGCGUCAUUGUUUGUCGCCGUCACAAAAAUGGAUCUUGUAGGCGGCGCAGACAACCCCGUUUCUCGGCGUAUAAUCUCUACUUGUCUGUCACGUUGUGUUCCAGUGAACAGAUUAUACUUCUGUGCGUGCCCAGGCGACGAAUCUUCAUAUGAAAGAAGGGGAUUUCCACAGGUUGACCAAUCGACGCGGCUAAGUUUGCUCAGACUUCAUGAAGAUCUGUCCCUGUCGUAUCAUUGGAAGAUGACGAUGCAGCAACAACGCGAGCCGCUGAGCCCAACUUGA